AUGGUGUCUGCUUUGCAGAUGACAGUCUUGGUAGCCGGGAACAGGGAAGAACUGGAGGGGAAGCUUGAAAGAUGGAGAUAUGCCUUGGAGAGUAGAGGUAUAAGAAUAAGCAGGAAAAUGACACAAUAUAUGACAACCGAAUUGGAUAGCGACCAGCAAAUAACAAUCAAAUUAGGCAGAGGAAACAUUAAAAGGGUCCAUAAAUUCAAGUACCUUGGCUCAGUGAUUGCCAGUGAGGGGAACAUGGAAGAGGAAAUUAACAACCGGAUUCAGUGUGCUUGGAACAACUGGAGGAAGGUGUGGAUUGGAAGCAGCACCUCUAAAGAAAGCAAGAGGGCAGAAGUUGAACGUAACCAAGAUGAGGAUGCUUAG